CAUGCUCCGUGCUGUUGAUCACCCGGGAGAAACAAAACCAGCUAAGUAGGAAGCGUUAGCUUUAGAGAAACAAUUUAGAGCGAUUUCACCUUUUAGAGGAAUUAAGAUUAGUACCUUAAAAAUGACAUCGAUGUUUUAAGUAAAUUAGCUUUAAAGUAGCUCGGAGUGAGUCGUUAUUUCACGUCUUCUACCUCAUUUGUGUGGCCGCAUCUCAGUAUAUCGAUGACCGAAAAUGUUGAAAAAUUUCAACAUUUAAAGGUAAAGAUGCUGUCCACCGGAGACGUCCAAGGUUGUCUCCGUAAACUAGAGACUCUCCUGCGAGUGAUAAAAUACCCAGGACAGGUCGACUACAACAGCCUGUCCAAAGGAGACCCCUCUGCUUUCCUUCCCAUCGUGAGCUUCACCCUCACCUCCUUCUCUCCACCUUUCGCCGAGCAGCUGACGGCGACAGGAUUCGAGUUGACGGGCAAAACCGACCUCCGCUUCACCGACACUUUUUACAAGGUGCUGAGAGAUAUCUUCCACUAUAAGCCCGUCCUGACCAAGCAGCAGUUCCUGCAGUGGGGUUUCUCUCAGAGGAAAAUCUCUGUGGUGUGUGACGUCAUUAACUUUGUGCAGCAGAAACACAACCAGCUGAAGAAGCCCAGAGUCAGAUGUCCGGCCCAGAACAAGGAGGGCAGGCCGGACGGCAGAGGAGAAGUUCAGCCCACACUAAUCGUGCCUGAUCAGCCGCUCGUAGUGAAUCACACAGAAUAUCAAUCCACCUUUCAUGCAGAAAGGUUCUCCUCCAGUUCUCCUGGAAACAUGAUCACAGAGGAGGAGGCAGAUGAGGAGGAGGAGGAGGAGGAGGAGGAGGAGGAGGAGGAGGGCGGCGGCGACCGCCUUCAGUCUCACUCAGAGCUAGAGGGACGACUCUCAGCUCUGGAGGCCCAGCUACAGCCUGGACUGGACCGGAUCAGAGUCCUGGAGAGACGCCUGGAAGACCUGGAGAGACGGAGACACACAAAUAAGAGUGAAGGUGACGUGGUGAUCGUCUCCAGAGAGAGCUGGGAGAACCUGAUGAGCAGAGUCGUUCUUCUGGAAACUCAAUCAGAACUUAGAGACACACAGCUCAGUGUCCCACCGCCAUGUGCGUCCUCGUCCUCCGCCUUCUCCAACAUGUCUGAUGCCUCUAAGGAGGAUCUGAAAGAGAGGCUGGAGAGGAUAACAAACAUGAUGAAGAGCACCUCCAGCCUGCUGAAGAACUCUGAAUCCUCUACAACAGACUGCAAAUAAUCUAAUAUAAAUAAUCAUU